AGAGGGCACAGGCUACCCGUGUAAUCGUCUUUCUGCGUGUCACCAGUUCAUGUGAAUCUAACAUGUCGGUGGCCGUUCUCUACAUAUUUGCUCUGCUGGAUGGAGCCGCAUUACUAUUCCUCACAGUAUUUUUUAUAAUCAACUUAUCUGAUCUUGAAUGUGAUUACAUAAAUGCUAGAACAUGCUGUCGACGAUUGAAUUGGUUUGUACUUCCAGAGCUUAUUGCACAUGGAAUGCUGACCGUCUUACUACUUUUCCAUUAUCAGUGGAUUUUUUUUGUACUUAAUGCUCCUCUUAUGGGAUGGCAUAUUUAUAGAUAUAUAAACAAGCCAGUGGGUAAUCUUGGUCUGUACGAUCCUGCUGAGAUACACAAUAGAAGCCAACUAAAGGGAUUCCUCAAGGAGUCUAUGGUCAAGAUGGGAUUUCAUUUGGUAUUCUUUUUCCUUUACUUAUACAGUAUGAUUGCCGCUUUGCUAGCAGACAAUGAAGAGACAGCUCAAGAAAGCUAGGAGAGAUAUAAACAAGGGAGAGAAGCCCAAGAAAGCUAGGAGAGUUCUUGAUAAAAAUGAGAACACAGCUCAAGAAAGAUAGGAGAUUUAUAAACAAUGAAAAGAAGCUUAAAAAAGCAAGGAGAAAAUACAUAAUUUAAUUUAGGCUGGAGAUUUUCUCUUCUUGUGAACAUUAGUGAAUUUUUAUUCUUGCAGCGAAUUCUUAGGCACCUGCCUUAAGGGAUAGAUUAUUAAAUCUAGUCAGAGGCCUUUAUUUCUCUGGAGAAUAGAGCCAAGGGAGUUUCUUAUAUUUACCCGUAGUGAAUAUGGUGGCUCACUAUAGCUGCUUUUGCUGAGUAAAAUUGUCAAGUUAUUUAUGUUUGGGUUCAAAGCAAGACAGGGUUUUGAAAUCUCUAUUAAAAAUCUUGAAGCGGUUGCAGGAUUUGCCAAGAGGGAUGUGCAGUCAAAGAUAUCAUAGGCAAAAAGUCUUAAGAUUUGUAUUCAAAUAAAUAAAUAAAAGAAAAUGAUA